AAUGCGAAAUACGAAGCAAACGACACGAACGUAACCGUCGAUUCACUUUGAUCCUCUUGUUCCAGAUACACACACCUUCCAACCUCUACUUGCAACCAUGUCGAACUCUGUUGCCCAACCAGCGCCGGUGCCGGCCCUCGUCUCAAACCACCUCUUCAGCGCAACCGUACACCUCGGCAAGUUUCUGGGCCCCAUUCCUCUCCUAGGAGGCGGCCAGCGCCUCGUGGAGCCGAUUACCGGCGGUACCAUCGCCGGGCCGGCCUUCAACGCCACCAUCGAAGGAGGACUCGCAGCGCCGAUUCUUGUUGACGACUUGGCGGGGAACGGCACCAAGGCACUGCUGGCUUAUAUCUGGGCCUACGGCACUGCCAGUGACGGGUCGGCCUUCUUCAUCGAGGAGUCUGGUGUCGGCACUCCCGGGAUCCAGAAUACCAGGUUGCAUAUUCAAGUCGGCGGACAGUACCGGGAUCUGCAGACGCAGUAUGUGCUCGCGCGGCCGAGUGUGUUGAAUGAGGAGAGAACCUUGGCCGAGGUGGAGUGUUUUGGUGUGCCGCUGUCGAGUCGGUAG